CCGGCUAGAGGAGGCAGCACAGUAGGAGGUUAGAAGAGAGGACACUGGCAAGAGAGCAGCCUCCCCCGACACCAUGGACAGCUCCCAUUAACUCUGGCAUCUCUUCACCCUUGUGUACUGGGGCUUCAAACUGUGAUUUCAGCAGCCAUUCUCCAAGGGAUACUGAACUUUCAGUGUUGGGAUCAGCAGCCCCUCUGAACAUGACACUUCUGGAACGGUCUGUGGGAGUGGAGGACCUAGUCCUCCUGGAACCCCUGGAGGAAAAGUCUCUGCUCCAGAACCUCCAGCUGCGCUAUCAAAACAAGGAGAUCUACACCUACAUUGGGAAUGUGCUGAUCUCAGUGAAUCCCUACCAACAGCUGCCUAUCUAUGGCCCAGAGUUCAUUGCCACAUACCGGGACUACACGUUCUAUGAGCAGAAGCCCCACAUCUAUGCAUUGGCGAAUAUGGCGUAUCAGUCACUGAGGGACCUGGACCGGGAUCAGUGUCUCCUCAUUACUGGCGAGAGUGGAGCUGGGAAGACAGAGGCCAGUAAGCUGGUGAUGUCGUAUGUGGCGGCUGUCUGCGAGAAAGGAGAGCAGGUAAACUCUGUGAAGGAGCAGCUGCUGCAGUCCAACCCAGUGCUGGAAGCUUUUGGCAAUGCUAAGACCAUUCGAAACAACAACUCCUCUCGAUUUGGAAAAUACAUGGAUGUUGAGUUUGACUUCAAAGGCUCCCCCCUCGGUGGUGUCAUCACAAACUACCUGCUUGAGAAAUCCCGAGUUGUGAAGCAGCUAGAAGGAGAGAGGAACUUCCACAUCUUCUAUCAGCUGCUGGCUGGAGCAGAUGCCCAGCUGAUGAAGGCUCUGAAGCUCGAGCCAGAUGUGAGCAGCUAUGCCUAUCUGAACCCCAAAGUGUCCCGAGUGGAUGGUAUGGAUGAUGCUUCCAACUUCAAGGCUGUCCAGAAUGCAAUGGCUGUGAUUGGGUUCUCAGAGGAAGAGAUUCGCAGGGUGCUAGAGGUGACGGCCCUGGUGUUGAAGCUGGGGAAUGUGAAGCUGAGGGACGAGUUUCAGGCCAGUGGGGUCUCAGCAAGUGGCAUCCUCGAUGGGAAAGCUCUCCAGGAGAUUGGGGAAAUGGUGGGCUUGAAUUCAAAUGAUAUAGAGAAAGCUCUGUGCUCAAGGACCAUGGAAACAGCCAAAGAAAAAGUGGUGACUGCACUGAAUGUCAUCCAGGCUCACUAUGCACGGGAUGCUCUGGCUAAGAACAUCUAUAGUCGCCUUUUCAACUGGAUAGUGAACCGAAUCAAUGAUAGCAUCAAGGUCAACACUAAGGAAGAGAAGAAGGUGAUGGGAGUCCUGGAUAUCUAUGGCUUUGAGAUAUUGGAGGACAACAGCUUUGAGCAAUUUGUGAUCAACUACUGUAACGAGAAGCUGCAGCAAGUGUUCAUAGAAAUGACACUGAAGGAAGAACAGGAAGAGUACAAAAGAGAGGGUAUUCCGUGGACCAAGGUGGACUACUUUGAUAAUGGCAUCAUCUGUAAUCUCAUUGAACAUAAUCAGCGAGGCAUUCUGGCCAUGCUGGACGAGGAGUGCCUGCGGCCUGGAGUGGUCAGUGACUCCACCUUUCUGGCGAAGCUCAACCAGCUCUUCUCCAAGCACAGCCAUUAUGAGAGUAAGGUCACCCAGAAUGCCCAGCGCCAGUAUGACCACACCAUGGGACUCAGCUGCUUCCGCAUCUGCCACUACGCAGGCAAGGUGACAUAUAGUGUGACCAGCUUCAUUGACAAAAACAAUGACCUACUCUUCCGGGACUUGUCUCAAGUCAUGUGGAAGGCGCAGCACCCCCUCCUUCGGUCCUUGUUCCCUGAGGGGGAUCCCAAACAGGCAUCUCUCAAGCGUCCACCCACUGCUGGUACCCAGUUCAAGAAUUCUGUGUCCAUCCUUAUGAAGAACCUGUAUGCCAAGAACCCCAACUACAUCAGGUGUAUAAAACCCAAUGAGCAGCAGCAGCGAGGCCUGUUCUCAUCAGAGCUGGUUGCAGUCCAGGCUCGGUACCUGGGCUUGCUGGAGAACGUGAGGGUGCGGCGGGCAGGCUACGCUUUCCGCCAGGGCUAUGGGCCAUUUCUGGAAAGGUACCGGCUGCUGAGCAAGAGCACGUGGCCUCACUGGAAUGGGGGAGACCGGGAGGGAGUGGAGAAGCUCCUGGGGGAGCUGAGCUUGUCCCCAGAGGAGAUGACCUACGGGAAGACGAAGAUCUUCAUCCGAAGCCCCAAGACCCUUUUCUUCUUGGAGGAGCAGAGACGCUUGCGGCUUCAGCAGCUGGCUACACUCAUACAGAAGAUCUACCGGGGCUGGCGCUGCCGCACCCACUACCAGCAGAUGCGCAAGAGCCAGAUCCUCAUUUCCUCUUGGUUUCGGGGCAACAUGCAAAAGAAGCGCUAUGGGAAGAUGAAGGCGUCAGCAUUGCUGAUCCAGGCAUUUGUGAGAGGGUGGAAGGCCCGCAAGGAUUAUCGUAAAUACUUCCGGUCAGGGGCUGCCCUCACCUUGGCAAAUUUCAUCUACAAGAGCAUUGCACAGAAAUUUCUACUGGGGUUGAAGAACAAUUUGCCACCCCACAAUGUUUUGGACAAAACAUGGCCAGCUGCCCCUUACAAGUACUUCAACACAGCUAAUCGGGAGCUACGAAAGCUCUUCCACCAAUGGAAGUGCAAGAAGUUCCGGGACCGGCUGUCCCCAAAGCAAGUAGAGAGCCUGAGGGAGAAGGUCUGUGCCAGUGAACUGUUCAAGGACAAGAAGGCUUCAUAUCCACAGAGUGUCCCUGUGCCAUUCCAAGGAGACUACAUUGGGCUGCAAAGAAACCCCAAGCUACAGAAGCUAAAGGGUGGGGAGGAAGGGCCUGUUCUGCUGGCAGACACCGUGAAGAAGGUUAAUCGUGGCAACGGCAAGACUUCUUCUCGGAUUCUCCUCCUGACCAAGAGGCAUGUGAUUCUCACAGACACUAAGAAGUCUCAAACCAAAACUGUCAUUGGACUGGACAGUGUGGCUGGGGUGUCAGUCACCAGCCUCAGGGAUGGGCUCUUCGGCUUGCAUCUGACUGAGCUAUCAUCAGUGGGCUCCAAGGGGGACUUCCUGCUGAUCAGCGAGCAUGUGGUUGAACUGCUGACCAAAAUGUACCAGGCCAUUCUGGAGACCACACAGAAGCAGCUUCCAAUCACUGUGACUGAGAAGUUCUCAGUCAAGUUCAAGGAUGGCAGUGUGUCUGUCAAGGUCAUCCAGGGCCCUGGGGAUGGUGAAAAAGGCAAGCUGAACUGCAAGAAGAAGGGAAGUCAGGGCCUGGAAGUGACUGUGUAGUGAGGAAGUGGAGGGCCACUCACAGACAGCAUCCUCCCCACUACCAACUGGAGGACCUGAUGUGUCACCCCUCUGCAGUGAGGCCUGGAGAUGGGACAGCCCUUGAAGACAACCUUUCUCUAGCAAACCUUUCCAGUCCUUGCCUCUAAACUUUUCUCUCCCAGUU